AUUCUCUCCAGCUAUCAUCUUCAGUAUUGCGUGGGUCAUCUUCAAUUCAUCUCUCUCCCAAUCAAAAACAUUUCAAUCUUACCUUCAACCUAUAAAGAAAACAUGGAGCUCGUACCAUACUCCGACCCCAACCCAACCUCCUCCUCCUCCUCCUCCUCCUCACCACCCUGGCAAGACAUGUUCCGAUCAGCCUCCACCCGCAAACCCGAACCCGAACCCGAACCAGUUCCAACCAACAACCCACUUCAACCUAUCAACAAUCCAGAUCAAAACAAAUCUUCUUCAAUCUCCAACGACCCACAGGUACGUCUAGCACUCUACAUAGCCAUGGCUCACGCCGGCUUAGUAUUUGCCACACUUGUACUCUUUGCUCUUUCCAAAUUACUCCAAGAAUAUCUCCGCCCCAUUCUUUGGGCUGUUCUUUGCUCCAUCCCUCUUCGUGGGAUUCAACAAACUCUAGUUUCCUUUUGGUCUGAGCCUUUGAAACAAGGCCUUACAGACACUGUACUAGCAGUACCUGUAUCUGUAUACAGGGUUUUCAUAGAGACCAUUGUUGAGAUAAGAGACGUGUUGUUCAAAAUUGUUCGUAGUAAGAAGAGGAAACAUGAUUCUGUGAAGCGAAAACGAAGUGGGUUUUCGAUAUUGUUGAGGUGGCUGGUGUCUUUUUGGGUUUUUGUUAUGGGUUAUGAACAGUUUGGUGUUGUCGGUGCUGUUGUUCUGUUGGGGUUAGGGUUUAUGUUUAGUUCUAGUCAUGUGAAGUCUACUAUGUCUGCUGGUUUGUCGUUUGGGCGUAGUUCGAAACCGAGUGUUCAUACGGCGUUCUUGACCAAAGGGGUUUUGUAUAGAUUGGAAACGAUUGUUGCGUUCGGGUUGAUUUUUGGUAUGAUUGUGGGUUCGAUAACUGUUACUAUGUUUUUUUCGUAUAAGAUUGGUGUUGAAGGGAAGGAUGUCGUGUAUUCGAUUAAAUCUCAUGUUGAAGAGAAUAAUUACGCUGAGAAGAUUGGAUUAAGGCAAUGGAUGGAUGAGAAUAAUGUCCCGGAUAUGGUUGAUCGCUACACGACACAGUUUUACGAAACGGUAAACCAACAGAUUGAUAGUUUGGCUGUGCAGUAUAACGUGACGGAAAUUGUUCAAGAAAUGAAACAGUUAAUCGCACCACGUGGGUUAAACAUAAACCCGACGAAUUCUUCUGCACCUUCUACCGCGCUAGCAACGCCAAACCCGUAUACUGAGAAGAUACUAAGUUUGAAACGGAUAGUUACUAAUCGUGAAUGGUCAGCGAUUUAUCCCGAAGUUAAUGCUAUGUUAAACGAGGCGCGUAUUAGUAAAGCGGAUAUGAUGGAAAAAGCAAAAGCGGUUGCUUUUCAAGGGAAAGAUAUUAUUCAACGCGUGCUUGCUAGUAGUAAAUCGAUUGUGGGUGGUAGCACUAAGGUUGUUUUCAUAGUUAUUGAAGGAAUAGUUUCUGGUGCAGCGGGAUUUCUGAAUUUUAUCUCGCACUCGAUGGUUUUCAUAUGGGUUUUAUACUCUUUGAUAACAGCGGAUUCUGGUGGGGUUACAGAACAAGUUAUGUAUAUGAUUCCGAUUCCACGAUCCACUAGAAAACGGUGUGUUGAGGUUCUUGAUAAAGCUAUUUCUGGUGUACUUUUGGCUACUGCAGAGAUUGCGUUUUUUCAAGGGUGUCUCACUUGGCUUUUGUUUAGAUUGUUUAACAUUCAUUUUCUGUAUACGUCAACGUUGCUUGCGUUUAUCAACCCUUUACUCCCGAUAUUUCCUUAUUUUUUUUCAACGAUCCCAGCAGCGUUGCAACUUGUGCUGGAAGGGAGAUAUAUAGUUGCCAUUUGUUUGUCGAUUAUUCAUCUUGUGCUUAUAGACUACGGCGCUACUGAAAUUCUAGAAGAUAUACCUGGUCACAGCGCGUAUCUUACCGGGCUUAGCAUCAUCGGUGGAGUGGCAUUGUUCCCAUCUGCUUUGGAGGGAGCGAUAUUGGGGCCAUUGAUAACAACUGUUCUUAUUGCUCUAAAGAAUUUGUAUGUAGAAUAUGUUUUGGAUGAACCAAAAGAAGAGAAACAAGAGUAAGGAUAUAUGGCCUUUUUAUGGUCCAUUUGCAGGAGAAUUCUUUAUAAGUCUUAUGAUUAAUUAUGUAUACUAGCUGGGAGCAAUGUGUCAGCUUUCUAUAUAUAUAUAUGGUGUUCUGGGCCUAUUCUUUGUAAAGGUGAUGGUCCUUGCACUCUUCAUUUUUUUGUUUGUGUAAAAGCUUAUAUUCUUUGAAAGCUUGUAUUGUUUGAAGCAAUAUACUUAUUUAUUAAUAAUUACAUAUAUUCAUACGAAA